AGAAAAGUUAGGUUAUUGUUACAAGUUUAACAUGCUAUCUUAGUUCAUUACAGAAUAAAAUUGAAAAUAAUUAUGUCGACAGACGGAAUUUGUAAAAUAAAACCUGCUUACGUUAUCGAGGCACCCAAAAAAGAAAUCAACUUGGAGCAUGUUUCUCAAAAAGAUAAAGACACCUUAGAAGAUAAAAACGUUACAGAGGAACCUGCCGCGAAAAAACCUAAGCUCAAUAAAAAGAAAUUAAAAGGCCAGAAUAAGUCGAGAGGCCCUACGUAUCACGUCGAUAAAAAAGACGAGCUUUGUAGCAAUUUAAUUAACGCGGUUUCCGGAGAAGCUAUUCCUACGUGCAAUAGGAAAAACUGCGAAUUUUUGCACGAUAUUAAACGCUACUUAGAAAUAAAACCGAAAGAUAUAGGUGACUGUUGCUAUAAUUAUCAAGUUUCCGGUAAAUGUAGCAGGGGAUUGGCUUGUAGGUUUGGCACCGAACAUAUAUCUUCGGAAGGUACCAAUAAAAUAAACGAAGAAAAACACGCUGCAUUUAAUGCAAAUGGUUCGCAAACCAUCAAUUCAAUGAAACAUGAAAUCCAAAUUGCUCUUAGGAAAAGAACAUAUGAUUUCAAUUUAGCAGAGAAAUGCGUAAAGUAUAUAGAUACUUUGAGAAAUAAACCUGACGUAAUCGAAGACGAUCCCAAGCCAACUACUGGUACAGUAACAGACGAAGAUAUUAUUAAACUGUUGAGUAGAGAGAAGACCAAAAUCGAUUGGAAGGAUAAACUAUUCCUAAGCCCCCUUACUACUGUGGGGAAUCUGCCCUUCAGACGUGUCUGUAAGGAGUUUGGAGCUGAUGUAACAUGCGGUGAAAUGGCAAUGUGCUCGUCAUUAUUACAAGGUAUGCCCCAAGAAUGGGCUCUACUGAAACGCCACCAAAGCGAAAAUUUGUUUGGGGUUCAACUUUGCGCCAACAAUCCGCAUCUUCUAACCAAAUGCGGGCAGCUAUUACAAAACGAAAUAGAAGUGGAUUUCGUCGAUUUUAACCUGGGUUGUCCCAUAGAACUCGUUUACAAUUCCGGAGCCGGUUGCGGUUUAUUAAGAAGGAAAAAGGUUUUGGAGUCGUGCAUUAAAAGCAUGAGUACAAUCUUGAACGUGCCUUUUACUGUUAAGAUGCGAACUGGUGUUUACAGUAGCGAAAAGAUUGCGCAUACUUUAGCACCAAAAGUUAGAGAAUGGGGAGCAAGUUUGUUGACAAUUCACGGUAGAUCAAGAGAACAAAGAUACACAAGACAAGCGAAUUGGGAGUAUAUCGAAGAAGUCGCUAAAGUUGCUGCACCUUUACCAGUAUUAGGGAAUGGUGAUAUUUUGAGUUACGAAGAUUAUGUGAGAGCUAGAGAAACAGCUCCUAGUAUUUCAGGUGUGAUGUUAGGCAGAGGUGCUCUAAUAAAACCGUGGAUAUUUACGGAAAUAAAGGAGCAGAAAAUCUGGGAUAUAUCGAGUUCCGAAAGAUUCGAGAUUAUCAAGAAAUUCACAAAUUAUGGACUGGAACAUUGGGGCUCCGAUAACAAAGGCGUCGAAAAUACCAGAAGAUUUUUGUUGGAAUGGCUGUCUUUCUUGUACAGAUAUAUUCCUGUAGGAGUUUUGGAAACUCCACCGCAAAAAAUCAAUGAGAGACCUCCGCUUUAUAGGGGACGCGACGAAUUGGAAACCUUGAUGGCUUCUUCGUCUGCAUCGGAUUGGAUUAAAAUAAGUGAAAUGUUGUUGGGGCCGGUACCUGAGAAUUUUAAUUUUUUGCCUAAACAUAAAGCAAAUUCAUAUAAUUAAUGUUUAAAAUAUAUUCUAGUUAAAAAAUUUAUAACAUAGUAAAUAUAAAGCAUCGAAUCGAUAUUUACUUAACAUAUUCAAUAAACAAAAGUUUUCCACCAUAGAUAAAAUCUAAUUUUAUUGCCGAAACGAGUAUAGAAAAAAAAAUGAAAGUAUCGAAGGAAUUGUAAAACAAACGAGGUGUAACGCAAAUAGUUUUUUACAACAAACAUACAACAUUAAAAUAUGCCUUCACAAUUAUUCAUAUGCCACAUUGCUAGUGUUUAUUAUAAUACACCGAUAUAAUUGCCUAUUACAUUACUUGUGACAUAAUUAAGUCCCUAUAUAGCAAUUUACACAGAUUUACGCCACAUAUUAAAACACAGAAGGUUUGGAAUGGUACAGAAUUAUUCCGUAAUCGAUGGUUUUUUUUUUUAAGUAAAACUGCAGCAACUGUUUGUUUUUCUUGCAGUCUUAUAAAAAGCUUUGGACUGUAUACUUAAGCCCUCUGAUUUAUUUACCAAGUCGUCCAGUUUCUCGCCUCUUUCCAGGACUGCUUGAAUUGUGUUAUGCUGUAACAA